AUGAUGAUGACGACCUCGGGUCACGGGACUGGUGGCAGCAGUUCGCCCGAUUCGGCCGAUUUCGGUCGUGCCGGCACACCCGAGUUGGGUGAUGAACUGGGCGAAUUAGUACCGAUUCUCGAUUCGGUCCAUAUGACUCCUCAUAAGUUGAAUUUUUGCCAUGCCAACGGGGAUUAUCGUAUUGAUACAUGCACACACAAAUACACUAGUCUGUUGGGACAUUCAGAACGUUCCGGUCGACAAAAUCAUGGAACUUGA